GAACAUACCGGAUAUCGGUGAGUACAGAGAGCGCGGGUGAAGAUGAGGAGAGUCUCGCGGGUGAAGGUGUCGUCACGCAUCUCACCAUGACAACGAGGGUAUCGGGGAUGGGUAGUCCAACGCCCGGUGGUUAUCACCGCGGCAUGGCCGGUGGCCACCACAAUAAUCAGCAUGUGACAUUUGAUCCUGAGGCGCAACCAACCAUGCUGUACCCAACCACCAGUCUUCUGGAGAGACCUGAUAUUAUUGAUAAAAAAGUUAAAAGACAAAGUAUUCACGGUAUGAUGGAGGAGGAGAAUGUUGUCCGACCCCACCAGGAGAUCGCCAGUCUCUCUCUGGCUGAGAAGAAAUAUCUCUUGGCAGUGGAACGGGGCGAUGUCGCCUCAGUCAGACGGAUGCUGCAGAAAGCCAUGGAGGACAAGUCGAUAAAUAUGAACUGCGUUGACCCGCUGGGUAGGUCUGCACUGCUCAUGGCAAUUGACAAUGAGAAUCUAGAGAUGGUGGAACUUCUCAUAAAGUACAAAGUCGAUACCAAGGAUGCACUGUUGCACGCUAUAUCCGAGGAGUUUGUGGAGGCUGUUGAGGUACUUCUUGAGCACGAGGAGACUCUUCACAGGGAUGGCAAGCCCCACGUAAGCAGCCCGGCUGUGUCGUCCGCUUGUCAUAUGACAAGCUGGGAGGCUCUCGAUCCAGACACAGCGACAUUCACCCCCGACAUCACGCCUUUAAUACUCUCGGCCCAUCGUGACAACUAUGAAAUCAUAAAAAUUCUUCUGGACCGAGGCUCGGUACUGCCGAUGCCCCACGACGUGCGCUGUGGAUGCGACGAAUGUGUAACAUCGAGAAUGGAGGAUUCCCUGAGGCACUCGAGGAGUCGUAUAAACGCCUACAGGGCGCUGGCCUCCCCCUCUCUCAUAGCCCUGUCUUCCAAGGAUCCAAUUCUAACGGCUUUUGAGCUCUCCUGGGAGCUGCGUCGAUUGUCCUUCCUCGAGCACGAAUUCAAAUGCGAAUACCAGGAACUCAGACGACAGUGCCAGGACUUUGCCACAGCACUCCUGGAUCACACUAGGAGCUCUUACGAGCUGGAAGUGCUACUAAAUCAUGAUCCAACGGGACCAGCCUUCGAGCACGGCGAGAGAAUGCAUCUGAAUCGGCUCAAAUUGGCCAUCAAGCUCAGACAGAAAAAAUUUGUUGCACACCCAAAUGUCCAGCAAUUACUGGCCUCAAUUUGGUACGAGGGACUCCCUGGCUUUCGUCGCAAGAACAUGGUAUUACAAGCCCUCGAGAUUGUACGUAUUGGAAUUCUAUUUCCAUUUCUCAGUGUCGCGUAUAUCAUUGCGCCGCACAGUGUCUUCGGUCAGACCAUGAGAAAACCCUUUAUCAAAUUCAUCUGUCACUCGGCGUCGUACUUCCUAUUUCUCUUCAUGCUGAUUCUCGCCAGUCAAAGAAUAGAAUCGGUGAUCGGUCUGUGGAUGGGUCAGGACAUUGAUGAGCACGAGCCAGAGUCGAAAAGGGGUGCUGCACCGACACUAGUCGAAUGGUUCAUCUUGGCAUGGGUAUCGGGGCUCAUUUGGUCCGAGGUGAAGCAGCUCUGGGAUGUGGGACUCGAGGAGUAUGUCAAUGACAUGUGGAAUGUCAUUGAUUUUGUUACAAAUUCACUGUACGUCGCGACAGUUGCAUUGAGAAUAGUCGCUCAUUUUCGAGUGCAGGAGGAGAAUAAGGGACAAUUGCCAGGAUCAAUCGUGGAACUGCAGAGGGAGGAGUGGGACACGUGGGAUCCGAUGCUCAUAUCCGAGGGUUUAUUCUCAGCUGCCAACAUCUUCAGCUCACUGAAGCUUGUCUACAUAUUCUCGGUGAAUCCCCACCUUGGGCCCCUCCAAGUAUCCCUAUCCAGAAUGGUGAUGGACAUUAUGAAAUUUUUCUUCCUCUUCGUUCUCGUCUUAUUUGCAUUCUCCUGUGGUUUGAAUCAACUCCUAUGGUAUUACGCUCACAUGGAGAAGAAGAGAUGUCCAACAGCAACAAUAUAUCCCCACAACAAUAACAUCACCAACAGCGAUACCAAUGCCUGCAUUGUCUGGAGGAGAUUCGCCAAUUUAUUUGAAACAACGCAGACACUUUUCUGGGCAGUGUUUGGCCUCAUUGAUCUCGAGAGCUUCGAACUCGAUGGCAUCAAGGUAUUCACGAGGUUCUGGGGUAUGCUGAUGUUCGGAACUUACUCUGUCAUCAAUAUAGUGGUGCUCUUGAAUCUCCUCAUCGCUAUGAUGAAUCACUCCUACCAGCUCAUCUCCGAGCGUGCGGACGUCGAGUGGAAGUUUGCGAGGAGCAAACUGUGGAUCAGUUACUUCGAGGAGGGGGGCACUGUGCCACCACCUUUCAAUAUUAUUCCCACACCGAAGAGCUUGUGGUAUAUUGGGCAAUGGAUACAUAAGAAAUUUUGCGGGCACAGCAGAGCUGCUAAGAAGGAACAUAUGAGAACCAUUCGGCGAAAAGCCCAACAAGCCAGUGAGCGUGAUCUGAGAUACCAAGGCAUAAUGAGAAAUCUAGUCCGACGAUACGUGACUGUUGAGCAACGAAAGACCGAGGGUGAGGGUGUAACCGAGGAUGACGUCAAUGAGAUAAAGCAGGACAUCAGUGCUUUCAGAUGUGAACUCAUUGAGAUAUUGAACGCAUCGGGAAUGAAAACAUCAACUAGCUCAUCAACCGGUACCGGCGCUGGGGGGAAGAAGAAUCGACAGAAGGAGAGGAGAUUGAUGAAGGGGUUCAACAUUGCGCCACAACCUGGGGGCAGUGGUAGUCUUCCACCGGUUGCUGAGUAUAUUGCGUCACUGCAGCAAGCCCAGCAUGAUCACAAGACUCGGGAGUUGACGAGUAGCACUCUCAGUGGAAUAUUCGCCCCUGUGACUGCUCUCAAGAAGAAUCCACAUCACAUGAGCACUAAUAGUGUUCCAGCUACUUGUAACAGGCAGAAUAGGGCCUCCAGGAAUGGCUCGAGGAAGAGGAGGUGGGGAACUCUGAUCGAAGCUGCUAAGGUUCGGUCGAGAUUAAUAGACACCUACGCAUCCACAGGAAGAUCACGCUCCGAGGACUCAAUGUAUCCCCCCGCCUCGGAAGACGGUGGUUUCCGAUCCGAGGGGUCCUCUGAUUCGAAAUCCUCCUUGGAUGUACCAACAGCUGGGGGCUCUCAGGAAAAUCCCCCGAAUCCCCAGCAGUGUGAGCGACCGAAUAACGUGUUCACGCACAAUCAAGUUUUCUCGUCGGCUCUAGCUGCACUGAGAAUGAAGAGAAAAAAAUUCUCGGGGUCUAGGGCGUCCACACCAGUGAUGACUAGUGGAAAUACGUCGGCUGUUGAGAGUAUCUCGGCAAUGCCAACUGCAAGCUCAGUGAGCUCGGUAAAUCAAUCUACCAACAAGAGCCAGUUGCAGAGGGCGAGCAGUGUUCCAGCGAGGAAGAUGGAUUUAAUUUCAAAUCAAAUUAUCUCGGUUAGGUGUCAUGAUGUCACUCAGAGUCAACAGCCGAGCCUGGAUACCAUGGAGAUUACGAGUGUUAGUGAAAGACUUGAGGCUGAUGACAUAAGGGUCGACGUGGAAGCCCUGAGUCCUUCCACAACCGACGAGAGCUUCCCAAGCCAGCCGACCACCUCGGGUGAUACACUCCACACGCAGAGUCUCACAACGAGCAUCAAGAGAAAUGGCUCAGCAACACAAUUGCAGAGACUCGCUGGUAUCGAUUCAAUUCGCGAUGUCACCUCCGGCUGGCUCUGAGGCCAUAAUCCGACAUUUCAAUUGACUCGUUGCUCGUUCUAUCUCAUUUUGAUUGGCAACAGGGGAUGAAAAAUACUCCGAGGAAACUAGAAGCGCGCUGGCGCAUUUCCACUGUUUCUCCGAGGCAAUGAGGGGUUCAUACCAAUAAUUUUUCUCUCGUUUUACAAUGGCCAUAAAAAUACUGUCGUUUUCCUUCGACAUAUUGUAUUUCCUCACAUGCACAAAAACUCGUGGCCAAUCGUCGAAAUAAAUCGAAUGGGGGGCGGGGGGAUUACGAGAGAAGGGGGACAUUGGUGCCACUUGUAUAUGCGUUGACAACUGCCAGUUAAUUCGAACUGUGUGACGCAGUCAUUACCGUGGUUUUUAGAGGGCUAUUGCCCUCUUCAUGUCACUCCCACUCUGCGUUUUUCUAUUCAAAUCAAAGAAUAAAUUAUUGAGGAUUAACGCAGAAUUCGAGUGGCUUGAGACUAUUUUAAUUGGAAAUUAUCACUAUCGAAUUUUAUCGUAACGUUAAUCAAACAUUUCUUUAGUGAGUUUUACAUAGAGGAAAUAAUGAUUGAUCAAAGACGUGGUGAGAAAUUAUUAACGAAUGUUGGACAGGAUUAUAAAUAUAGCUGGUGGAUGACCCGUUGUCGUCACGACCAAGUAGCACCAGCUGAAUGCAUUAUUAAUCUAUCGUAUUACCAAUGAAAAAAAAAACUAGAAUUAAAAAACGACAUAGUAAUUUUAAUUCAGAUGCGAACGCACAAUGUGGAACAACAUGAAUUUGGCGCGUAUAUUUAUCAGAGGGAAGAAUGGAAGGAGUGGGAAUUAUAAGGAUACCAAAGAAUGGAAUACCAUCAGCCUUUUUAUUGCAUACUCAACCAAAUAAAAAAAUUAAUG